AUGACCCAUGCGGAUGAACGACGGCCAUUGUUGGAGGCGCAGCACGAUGUGGUGAAGCCUGAUCAUCCCACAAUCCCCGAUGGCGGGAUCAAAGCCUGGAGCCAAGUGAUUGGUUCAUUCUUUCUGAUGUUCAACUGCUGGGGCAUUGUGAAUUGUUAUGGAAGUUUCCAGGCCUACUAUAAGACCGUGCUGUUUCCCGAUGCGAGCCCGGCGGCUAUCUCGUGGAUCGGAUCGCUGCAGGCCUUCCUGCUCAUCUUCAUCUCCGUCCUGACGGGGCCGGCAUACGAUGCGGGCUACUUCCGGGCGCUGAUCGUGACGGGCACGGCACUAAUGGCUUUCGGCACCCUGAUGGUCAGCUUCUGCUCGCAAUACUGGCAGCUGCUCUUUGCCCAGGCCCUGUGUACGGGACUGGGAGCUGGCUGUCUGUUCGUCCCCGGAGUAGCCAUCCUCAGCACGUACUUUAAGAAAAAUGCCUCUUUAGCGACCGGAAUCGCUACCAGUGGCGGCAGCGUCGGCGGUAUCGUCUACUCUGCGAUUUUCAAGCAGUUCGAGCUAUCCUUGGGGUUCGCCACCUCGGUGCGAUUGCUCGCUUUGGUCAUGCUUCUUACCCAAUCUAUCGCCCUGCUCACGAUGCGUGUGCGCCUGGUUCCGGCCACUCGACGGGCCUAUCUACAGCUCUCGGCCUUCAAGGAGAUCCCCUACGCGAUCUAUAGUGGCGGCGUUCUGUUCGCGUUCAUGGGCAUGUAUAUCCCCUUCUUCUUUGUCCAGAAUUAUGCCAUUGAGCACAACAUUCUGCAUCCAGCCACCGCAUCAUAUGCACUGAUCACCCUCAAUCUGGCUUCCUUGCUAGGGCGUAUCAUUCCCAAUAUGCUGGCUGAUCGGACGGGCCCAUUCAACAUCCUCAUCCCGUGCAGUCUCACCACCGCACUGCUCGCGUUCGUAUGGAUUCGGGUCAAGACCGCGGAAACAUUGUUCGUCUUUUGUAGCCUUUACGGUUUCUUCAGUGGCGCGUUCGUGUCUUUGUCGCCGACAACCGUGGUCAGUCUCUCGCCUGAUCUGGGCGUCGUGGGCGUGCGGAUGGGUAUGAGCUUUGUGUUUGCAGCCAUUGGCCUGCUCACGGGGAAUCCUAUCGCAGGGGCUAUCUUGAAAGCAAUCGGAUGGCCGGCCCUGCAGGCAUUCUGCGGGUCUUGCGUCGGACUCUCGAUGCUGGCGAUGGUGGCUGCGCGGAUUGUCAAGGCCGGGCCGUCGCUUCGUGUCAAAGUGUAA